AUGGCAUCGACAACACAACCGCAACAACAAGCAUGGGCUAGUCGUCCACCUGGCCCUCCAACAGAAGAAGAACGCCGUCAAUUCGACGCUGAAUUCAAACAAGAUUUUCUCAACGAGUAUCGCAAACGAUAUGGUGAUGCGUUAAUUUCAGCCGUUCAGACAUGGGAAUUGUUCCAAACAGUUGAGGAUCAAUGGCAUGCAAAGAUGAGACAACGACAUCCUCCACCACCCCACCAUCACGGCGGACCACCACCACAUCAUUUCGGUGGACCCCCACCUCCCCAUUUUGGUGGACCGCCACCACCACAUCAUGGUGGACCUCCACCAGAUUUCGAAGAAAAACGCAAGCAAAUUUUAUCAGAUCUUAAAAAAGACUUUGAAAAAGAUUUCGCAACAACGCACGGCUCGAGUAAAGUGAAUGCUGAUCAGGCUUGGCUACUCAUCCAAAAAGUUCAACGAAGUAAACAUGAAAAAUUUGAAGCCGAUCGACGAAAACAUGGACAUCACCAUUUUCCGCCACCACCACCACCAGGAGCGUAUGGACAAUAUCCAUCAUCGCAAACCUAA